AAUAUAGACAACCUUUGUUUGAAAUUGUUGGCAUGACAUCGACCGAGUUGACUUUUGCUGUUGGAUUUGCGUAUAUGGAGUCUGAGCAAACAGAGAAUUUUUGCUGGGUAUUGGAGAAAUUAAAAGAGUUGUUUGUGAAGAAAGACAUGUGUCCACAAGUGAUUUUGACAGAUAGAGAUCUUGCUUUGAUGAAAGCAAUUGAAGUUGUGUUUCCCAGCUCGAUUAAUUUGCUAUGUAGAUUUCACAUUAACAAAAACGUUGGUGCCAAAUGCAAACAACAUGUGGUGAAUGACCUGCAAAAGACGAUAGACACAUUAUGGAUGGAAGUUGUCUGGGCUAGUGAUGAGGUUGAGUAUGGUCAGCGGUUGCAUCAACUUGAGCAAGCAUGUGUUGAUUAUAGUGGAUUUAUUAAUUAUGUGAAAGACACAUGGUUGACUCCACAUAGGCAUAGAUUUGUUGGAGCAUGGAUUAAUCGAGUGCUACAUUUGGGUAACACAACGACUAAUCGGGUUGAAUCUGCUCAUUGGAAGUUAAAGCAGAUGUUAGGAAACAGUAUAGGUGACAUGGUCAAAUGUUGGGAAGCAAUGAAUAACAACUUGAGGUUACAACUGGGAAACAUUAGAGCUUCUUUUCAAAAGAGUUUUUACGAAGUUGAGCACGCGCACGAAGAUACAGACUAA